GUGAAAUCUCGCGAUGUUUGGAGAGACGAGCGCACCAGUUGAUAACGUUUGAGUUAACUGUUUAUGUGUCAGCGUACAGAUUUGCCGGGCACUAUAGCUAGAUAUUAUCUAUAUCGGGGUCCGACGAAGGGAAAUAAAUAACAAUAACAGUGGAGAUGCAGCCUGCUACAGCGAAGUGGUAUGACAGAAGGGACUCUGUGUUUGUAGAGUUCUGCGUGGAAGACAGCAAAGAUGUGCAACUAAAGUUUGACAAGUUAAAGUUUGAUUUCAGCUGUUUGAAUGGAGCAGAUAAGGUCAAACUCCACAAUACAGUGGACCUUUUUGGGGAGAUUGACCCCAAAGGAUCCAAACACAGACGCACUGACAGGUCUGUGUUGUGUUGUUUACGAAAAGCAGAGGCUGGGAAAUCAUGGCCACGACUCACCAAAGACAAGUCAAAGUGCAACUGGCUGAGUGUGGAUUUCAACAAUUGGAAAGACUGGGAAGAUGAAUCAGAUGAGGACCUGUCAAGUUUUGACAAAUUCUCAGAGAUGAUGAACACUAUGGGAGGAGAUGAUCUACCAGACUUAGAUGCAGCAGAUGAAGAGCAUGGCGCUGCAGACAGUGACGAUGAAAAAAUGCCCGACCUUGAGUAGAUGCAUACAGAUGUCACCUCAUUAGUAAAAUGCAAGUUAUAUGUCAGUUGAAGAGAGGCAAAAGACAUGAGUUGGAAGCCAUGUCAGAGAAGAAACCUCGUCUCUCUUCGCAGUUUCCAAAGUGAAACCCUUGAGGGAGUGACUGUUGGAUACAGACAUGCACAGAGAACCAUAGACAUACAGUGCUGUGCUUUGCUGUUCUGUUCUGCAUGGACAAUUCUGUUCAAAUGAAAAUGUUAUUGUUUGUUGACUUUAAAGGUCCCAUAUUAUGCUUUUUCUGGUUUUAUAUGCCCUUAAUGUGUUUUCCAAGUGUCCUGUGCAUGUUUAGGCACAUCUAUGUGAAAAACUUAAAAGUCUGCGGAAACGCGGCUUCUCCAACCUCCUCCUGUUAGCUGUAGCAUUAGCUGCAUGUAACGCUUGGUUCUAGCCCCCCUCGAUAAAAAUUUGUCAGUCCGACGUCUUGGUCAGUGUGAGAUCACUGAUUUAAGUCCAUUGGCUCGUUGUGGCAAGCCCUGCAGCACAUGUUGAAAUUUCCGCGACGCGUGCUGAGCAACUGACCAAUAACGACAGAGCGGAUCGGCAGACCAAUCAGAGCAGACUUGGCCCACGUGGGGUCUAACAGUGGGGGCUCAACAGAGCGUAGCUGACGGACUCAGAGCGUAGAGGGAGCGAGGAGGAGCAGUACAUGAGAACAGACACUUUUUUCGGACUUUAGCUAUUGUUAACUUACAAAAGUAGGUACGAACCCCAAAAAGGGCAUAAUAUGGGCUCUUUAAUGACUGUCAUGGGAUGUGCUGGUGUCUUACACUUUUUCUCUCCGUUUUUCUUUUUUUUUGCAAUGUCAGGUUAUGUUUUGAACAUUGUGGGUUCUAAUACGAGAAAAACAUUUCAAAAUGCCUAUUUUCCAAAAAAACAAAAAAGUAGAUUUUUAAAGACAGAUUUUCCCCUUUAAUGUUUGUAUUGUAAAAUGCACUUAUUUUGUUUGUUAAUUUAAAAAGCAGAAGUUCUAUUUGAAAUGGGGUUUUUGAUGUAUGCCAACAUCUGCAAAUAUUAAACAAUGAUUUCAUUUUUUAAACAUAUUUCAGCAUUUAAAAUAAACUGAUAUGCUUGUGCAAUUUACAGUGUGUGUUGAGAUUAUGGUAUCAGAGUGGUGAAAUCUGCAUACAGUCAAACAUUUACAAAUCGGCAUGUGUUCUUCUAUGCUGGUGUUGAAAGCAUUGCUCAUGGUGGCAGGUACAAGAGUGUGAGAACAGAAAUCUUACAUGGUCUACUAAGAGUUAAAUAGUAAACCGGUUUUUAAUGUUUGUCACUAGAACUAAUAUUUGAGGGCUUGUGUGUUUUAUGCAACACGUCUCGAACACUUUAGUGUUUGUCUCAUUCUGUUGGAGUUUGGGCAAACAUUUUUAAUAAACUGUUUGAAGCCGUUUAACACAACGCUUUGGUGUUGAAACAUCUCUUCAAGCAACGUUUGAAUUACUCAAGUUAUAAGAGAAUCCACUGAGGGAGACAUUACUAAUUAUUGCGACAGGAGGACAAAAAUACUGCCAAUACUGCACUCAACAUCUCACUGAAGAGAAACAAAAUACACUAAAGAACUUAACGUACUUGUUUUACAGAAGUACCCACUUCAGUAAGUUUUUUAUUUUAGUGUUGCACUGAAGUGAUUGGUGUGUGUAUUAACAUAACUGAUGUGUUGCAGCUUCAGUCAAGGCUCAUUUAGAUUUAUUUGUAUACUCCGUGGCACCUUUUAAAUUAACUCUGGGCAUCAAUAAAGUCAUUUCUAUAUUAAUUCA